UGUGUGUGUGUGUGUGUGUGUGUGUGUGUGUGUGUGUGUGUGGUGGGGGCGUUCUCGACUGACAUCCUCAAACAAUACGAGAAAGAGGAGUGCACGAAUCCGCGCACCCUGAGCUGGUCUCCUUCCCUGUAAUAGAGAGCGUCAGGCGCUUCUUAAAAAACACAUUUUGUGGCUUAGUGGACUGGACUGGAGGAGCGAGGCGAGGACGAGCUGAGCGGACAGAGAUGUAAAUAAAAACAGUCGUGCAUGGCCCAGCUGAGCGAGGACUUUUCUUUUUUUUUUCCCCCCCUUUUGGAUCAAUCAGGCAGAGAGUGGCUUCUUUUGAUUAAGCCCCAAAUUGUCAUUGGGCAGAGGUAAUCAUGUGACAGGCAAUUCGGUCCAAUUUCAACCUUGUCUCCAUGAAUUCUAUAGUUUAAUGGUAGCUCGGUCCCCAUACGGCCGUAAUCACUGAAAUAGAAAAAAAAAACACAUCAGGGGAUUUAUUUUUAAAUAUAUAUUUCUUUUUUUCUUCUUCUUCUUCUUCAUCGUCCUCACUGAGCCGCAACGUUUAUAAAAAUACGGCGCCGCAAACUUUCCUCGGCUCUCAGGGAGCGGAGAUGAAUUACGAAUUCGAGCGAGAGAGCGGUUUUAUCAAUAGUCAGCCGUCGCUUGCUGAGUGCCUGACAUCUUUCCCCCCUGUCGCUGAUUCAUUUCAAAGUUCAUCAAUCAAGAGCUCGACGCUUUCACGCCCGACACUGAUUCCUCCUCCCUUCGAACAGACCAUCCCCAGCCUGAACCCGGGCAGCCAUCCGCGGCACGGUCGGCCCAGACACAGCCCCGAUGGCUGCAGCCCGCUGCCUACCGCCUCCUUACCCCCGGAGUACCCGUGGAUGCGGGAGAAGAAAGCCUCCAAGAGGAACCAUCAAGUGCCGAACUCCACCACCGCCGCUGCCGCCGCCGCCACCACCAUCUCCAACGGACCCGUGUGCUUCUCCCCGAAAGGUUCGCCUGAGAUCGUGGAGGGAGCGGCUGGAGGAGGGGGCUCCCGCAGGCUGAGGACCGCAUACACCAACACGCAGCUGCUGGAGCUGGAGAAGGAGUUCCACUUCAACAAGUAUCUGUGUCGGCCGAGGCGGGUGGAGAUCGCGGCCCUGCUGGAUCUGACCGAGAGACAGGUCAAGGUGUGGUUCCAGAACCGGCGCAUGAAGCACAAGCGCCAGACUCAGACCAAGGAGAACCACGGAGGGGGAGACGCGAAGGGCCCAGGAGCCGACGACGGCAUCCACAGCGAGGAGGACGAGGAGGGGAGCGGCCUGCUGUACGAGCAGAGUGGGCCCCUCCUGGAGAGAGAUACCUGCUCCUUUCAGAACAACACACAGCAGCAGCCGCAGCAGCAGCAGCAGCUUCACAAUAAUGGAGAGGCGGCAAGCUAUGACAAAAAUCUGAAACAUUUUCCCAACCCGUCACCCACUGUUCCGGGCUGUAUGUCAACAAUGGGCCCCGGAUCGGCAUCUGGGCCGGACAAUGGCGACAGCCCCUCAGCCCUGGAUGUUUCUUUGCACGACUUUCAGCCUUUCUCCUCGGAUUCCUGCCUGCAGCUCUCGGACACAGCCUCGCCGAGCUUGUCGGAGUCUCUGGAUAGCCCCGUGGACAUCUCCGCGGACACGUUCUAUUUUUUCUCGGAGUCGCUGACCACAAUCGACCUGCAGCAUCUGAACUAUUAACUCAGAAACAAAGAAAAUCCUUCAAUUUUUCCUUGUUUGUGUGUGUGUGUGUGUGUGUGUGUGUGUGUGUGUGUGUGUGAGAAAGAGGGAGAGAGAGAGAAUGUGUGUAUGAAAUCAGGCUACGAAGGCAUUAAUUCACAUUGUUUGUAUGUGCGGCACAUUUAUUCUCUUGAUAUUUAACUUGACGAUUAAUACAAGGUAAGGACGGAACUAACUCACUGAAAUAGCUCUGCUUAUAGCUUAAUUACCAUAGCAACUUGAUCACUUGGAAUAGAAAUUACAAGUGUGUGGGUGUUAAGAGGGAAAGUGUGAGUGUGUGUGUGUGUGCGUGUGUGUGUGUGUGGGUGCGUGUGGGUGUGUGUGAGAGAGAGAAAGUAAUCUAACAGUGUUAGGUCAAUACGGAACCGGGUCGUUUUUUAUUUUUGUAUAGUUUUCUUGGAUAUUUUUGUUAGAAUACAAACUAACUUGCUACAAUC